CACUGUGUUCCUUGUAACAUGACUGUUUUCUGAUUUGCAGGUUUUAAAUGCACAGAGAGCAGGAUACAAAGCAGCAAUAGUUCACAAUGUUGAUUCUGAUGACCUCAUUAGCAUGGGAUCCAACGACAUUAAUGUGUUAAAGAAAAUUGACAUUCCUUCUGUCUUUAUUGGUGAAUCAUCAGCUAAUUCCCUGAAAAGUGAAUUCACGUACGAAAAAGGGGGCCACGUUAUCUUAGUUCCAGAAUUCAGUCUUCCUCUGGAAUACUACCUGAUCCCCUUCCUCAUCAUUGUGGGCAUCUGUCUCAUCUUGAUAGUCAUUUUCAUGAUCACAAAAUUUGUCCAGGACAGACAUAGAGCUAGAAGAAACAGACUUCGUAAAGAUCAACUUAAGAAACUCCCGAUACAUAAAUUCAAGAAAGGAGAUGAGUAUGAUGUAUGUGCCAUUUGUUUGGAUGAAUAUGAAGAUGGAGACAAGCUCAGAAUCCUUCCCUGUUCCCAUGCUUAUCACUGCAAGUGUGUAGACCCAUGGCUAACUAAAACCAAAAAAAUCUGUCCAGUCUGCAAGCAAAAAGUUGUUCCUUCUCAAGGUGAUUCAGACUCUGACACAGAUAGUAGUCAAGAAGAAAAUGAAGUGUCAGAACAUACCCCUUUACUGAGACCUUUAGCUUCUGUCAGCACCCCAUCAUUUGGAACUUUGUCGGAAUCCCAAUCACAACAGAACAUGACAGAAUCUUCAGACUAUGAGGAAGAUGACAAUGAAGAUACUGACAGUAGUGAUGCAGCAAAUGAGAUUAAUGAACAUAGUGUCGUGGUCCAAUUGCAGCCUAAUGGUGAACGGGAUUACAACUUAGCAAAUACUGUUUGACCUUCAGAGGGUGACUGGUCAUUUCUCUUUAAAAUGUUUAUUUAGGUACAUAAUUUGAUUUUUUUUUUUGCUCCCUUCUGAGAUUUCUGUAGAAAUAACUUAUUUUUUAGUAUUCUACAGUUUAAUCAGAUUACUGAAACAGGCCUUCUGAUCCAGUAUUUAUCUGCAGGAGUGUACUUUAUUUAACUAAUAAGUAACAAUAAACUGGUGCUGCUGUAACUCAAGCAUCAAAUCAGCUCUUCCUCUGGAAUGAAACAUAGCCAAAACAUUAAAAAAAAAAAAAAUACUCAGUAUAGCUUGCUAUUAAGACCUAGAUCACAGUAUGAAAAUGUGUUGUGUUUUACACACGAGGUUAGUGCUGAAGCCACUUGGCAUGAGCUAAGCCACCCACCUUCAUAAAGAAACCUAGAGAGUUGUUGAGCUGGAAUAUGUUCUGGUAUUUCCCCAAAUUGCCACCACUAGUGAAAAGCAACAAGGUAAUUUAGCAUUUUUCCUAUUAGCAUAACAAAGCUCAAAACUGUCUCUUUCUUUCCUAUUCUCAAGUAGUCUUAUCUUGACAGGAAUGUUCUGUACUAGUGCAGACUUCUUAAAAAAAAAUUUUUUUUUAAGGUUUUUAAUAUGAUAGUGUUAUGUAUGAAUUUGAUUCAGCAGCUAAAGUAAUGUCUCUGGACUUUACUUACUGAAUUUUGGUAUCCUUAAGGGUUUUUGUGUUGUGAUCAAAGGAGAAAGAAAACACUGCAUAAAAAACCCAAACUUCAGCAAAUGUUAAUACUCAGAUCAUAUACCUCUUAAUAAAGAGCAUCUUAUGCUAAUUAGCCCGCUAAACUAUGUACAGAGGAAAUUGUUCAAGUACUGGAUUUGAAAACAAGUGCUUAUGUUUAACAAAACUAAUGAUGUAUUAUGAAACAGUGUAUUAUGAAAAGCUAAACUGUAUAUCAUACAUUAUUGUAACUAUGUAGAAAAUAUAAACUAAUAUAUAAUCAGAACGCUAAGAAUUUUUAUAUGGCCUUGUAUGAGGGGAGUUUGAAUAUUAAUAAACAUGUUUUCCACUUUAAGAACCA